ACUGUGAUUCAUGAUAAUGACACUUUUCAUAUGUGGAACAUAAUUUGCAUAUGUCAGUUAUAUUCUCCUUGAUUACUUUUUCUAAGCUUUACUAUUUAAAAAUUGACUUAUGAUACUGUGAUGUUGUUACUAAUUUUGAGGAUAUUCAAGAAUGGAGAUCAUGAAUAAGAGUUGGAUGAGCCUUUCAAGGGGAUCGAUUGAAUAUCGUCAAGGAGUCGAACAUUUUAUCAAUUAUGCAGUUAGUAAAACCGGUCGAAAUGGGCAUAUACUUUGCCCAUGUAGGAAGUGUUGCAAUAACUACUGGAAGAAUGAAGAAGUGGUAAAAGAUCAUCUGUUAGAGAAUGGAUUCAUUAAAGGCUACACCAAUUGGUUUCUACAUGGUGAAUCUGUACCAUGUACAUCUUCAACUCAAGAAUUUAAUAAUGACAUUGAUCUUGAUUCACAAGAUGAUAUGCUUCAUAUGUUACACGAUACAUAUCCUACUACUAGAGAGGGUACCAAUAAAGAUGCAGAAAAGUUUUACAAACUAGUUAGAGAUGCUCAACAAGAACUAUACCCUGGUUGUAAAACAUUUACCAAGUUAUCAUUUAUUGUUAAACUAUUUCAUUUAAAAUGUAUAAAUGGGUGGAGUGACAAAUCAUUCAGUAUGUUGCUCAAGUUGUUGCAAGAGGCAUUUCCUAGCGGCCACUCUUUGCCAGGUUCAUUUUACGAAACUAAAAAGAUAAUUGGGGACCUAGGACUUAAUUAUGAAAAAAUUCAUGCAUGUCCAAAUGAUUGCAUGCUUUACUGGAAAGAGUUUGCCGAUGCAUCUUCAUGCUCUAAAUGUGGUGCCUCUAGAUGGAAGCCAAUUGAAAAAAAUUCUGAUGAUAAUGAUGAUGGUGCUACUGAUACAAAGAUGGUAUUAUCUAAGUCGCAAAAAGUACCAGCCAAGAUUUUGCGAUAUUUUCCCCUAAAACCAAGGCUUCAAAGGCUUUUUAUGUCAUCUGAGACAGCAUCUCUUAUGAGAUGGCAUCAUGAAGGUCGCACAAAAGAUGGGAUAAUGAGGCAUCCAGCUGACUCACCUGCAUGGAAAAAUUUUGAUCAUCUUCAUAGUCAUUUUUCUUCGGAGCCUCGCAAUGUUAGACUUGGACUAGCAAGUGAUGGGUUCAAUCCAUUCCGGACAAUGAGUAUUGCUCACAGCACAUGGCCUGUUGUCCUUGUUCCGUAUAAUCUACCACCUUGGUUAUGCAUGAAACAACCGUUCUUUAUCUUGUCGUUGCUUAUUGAAGGCCCAACUGCACCAGGAAAUAAUAUUGAUGUUUACUUGCAACCUCUAAUAGAUGAGUUAAAUCAACUUUGGACAGAUGGCAUCGAAACUUAUGAUGCCUCAUAUAAUCAGACAUUUCAAAUGCGUGCAGCAUUACUUUGGACAAUUAGUGACUUUCCUGCAUAUGCUAAUUUAUCAGGAUGGAGCACAAAAGGGCGUUGGGCUUGUCCUUCUUGUAAUAAGGAUACACACUCUUUGUACUUGAAGAAUGGUCAUAAGUUUUGUUACAUGGGUCAUCGACGAUUUUUAGACUCUAAUCAUAGAUUUCGGCAAGAUAAGAAAUCUUUUGAUGGUACCGUUGAAAAAAGAUGUGCCCCAGUUACAUUAUCCGGAUCUGAUUUAUUAGACCAAUUAAAAGAUGUAAAAUCUGUGAAUGAUGGAGCAUUUAACUAUAAAUCGAAAAAUAAGAAAAUGCAUGAUGAUCAAGUGUAUAAUUGGAAAAAGAAAAGUAUCUUCUUUUCAUUGCCGUAUUGGGAAACUUUAUUAAUACGACAUAAUCUUGACGUCAUGCAUAUUGAAAAGAAUCUUUGUGACAGUGUUCUUUAUACGCUUCUAAAUACUGAGGGAAAAACAAAAGAUGGAAUAAAAGCACGUCUUGAUUUGCAGGAGUUAUGUUUGAGAAGUGAGCUUCAUCCUCAGCAGCGUGGGACUAAAACAUACUUACCCACUGCUUGUUUUUCUUUGAAUGCAAAGGAAAAAGAUAUCUUUUGCAAGGUUCUAAAGAAUAUAAAAGUUCCAGAUGGCUAUGCAGCAAAUAUUCGGCGUCGCGUACACCGUAAAGAACGUAAAGUAUUGGGACUUAAAAGUCAUGAUUCCCAUAUCUUAAUGCAACAGCUAUUGCCAUUAGCUCUACGAAGAGUACUAUCUAAAAAAGUUUGUGGCCCCUUAAUUGAGUUAAGUAACUUUUUUAAAGCAUUAUGUAGUAAAUUAUUGCGAGGGAAUGACUUAAAAAAAUUGGAAUCACAGAUUGCUUUAACACUUUGCCAUUUAGAACGACUUUUUCCUCCUGGCUUUUUUGAUGUUAUGGUGCAUUUACCUAUACAUCUUGCAAGUGAGGCAAAAAUUGCUGGACCAGUUCAAUAUCGAUGGAUGUAUCCAAUAGAAAGGUUUUUAUUUACAUUGAAAUCUUAUGUUCGCAAUAGAAGUCGUCCAGAGGGUUCAAUUGCAGAAGGGUAUCUUGCAGAAGAAUGCUUAAUUUUCUGCUCACGAUAUUUAAAAGAUGUUGAGACAAAACUUAAUCGUCCUACGCGAAAUAAUGAUGAUCACACGGUAACACAAGAAGGUUCAUCUUUUUUUACAAAAAUAGGUCGUGCUAUAGGUCACGGAGAAGUGCUUAAGAUGGAGCGUUUUAUGUUGAAUCAAGCACACCGAUAUGUGCUUUUUAAUUAUGAUUCAAUCGAUCCAUAUAGAGAAAAACAUCUUCAUAUGCUCAAGACGCAAAAUCCGCGUGCACGCCAAAGAGAAAUAGAGCGUAUCCAUAAUGCUACGUUUCAUGAAUGGUUUGAAACUCAUGACUUACCAAUGAAGAAGCGUGUGAUUCAUCCAAAAUUUACGACUAACAUGAUAUCUGAAUCUUCUAAACAACAAGGACAACAAAAUCAUGGCUUACAUAGUCAAGAAACUUCAAAGCAUUCUUCAAAAUAUCAUAUGCAAGUAAAUGCCAAUCAUCAUGUCCAUUCAAGGUAUCAAAGAUCCAAUUUCCAGACAGCAGCUGAUCAGCACCCACCUUUGUCUCGAAAUGAAAAUGUUGACGAAGCUGACUAUGGACUUUUAUCACACCGGAUGCAAUAUUCGACGCGAAGUGGUACAGUGCGGUCUAGAAUGAAAGCUGGUCCUCUACCUAAUAUUGUUGAGCAUGCAGUGCAUGAUAAACCCUCAACUUGUCAUCAAGAUCAAGACAUCAUGAAUCAAGAUCAACGACAAUCAAUUCCAAGGCAACGCGAACCACCUUCAGGCCUAACUCCAACAAGCAGUCAGCAACUAUAUAAUCAAGAAGAAAAUACUUCAAAAGAAAAGGAUUCUGCAUUAAAGAGAAAGCGCGGGCCAAGAAGAAUGGAUGAGAUAUGGGCACUACCAGAGGGUAAAUUUAUUAAAAUAACAUUUAAUGAUAAAGGGCAACCAGUUGGUGAUAGUGCUAAAAAGCUUAUAGGAUAUCUUGGAGUAUUAGCUCGAAAGGGAAUGGAAGCACCUCUUGAUUAUAAUGACUGGAGAGCUGUACCAACUGAUAAUAAAGAUUUAUUGUGGAAUAUUUUGAUGUCAAAAUUUGAUGGUAUUGAAGAUUACAAAGAGUGGAUUAUAAAAUCCCUUGGAAAAAAAUGGAAGGAUUAUAAAUGUAUGCUGAAGCGCAAAUUUUAUGAAAUAUAUAAAACAGAUGAAGAAAGAAUUGCCAAUUGCCCAGAAACUGUCAUUCCGGAACAAUGGGAGAAGUUAGUUUAUUUUUGGAGCUCUCCCGAGGGACAGCAAAGGAGUAGUACAAACAAACUUAACCGUUCAAAACUUGUCACAACUCACACUGCCGGCACAAAAAGUUUUGCACGCGUAAAUCAUGAUGAGAGCGCAAACAGAGGAGGGAAAGAGCUUUCUAGAGCAGAAAUUUUCGUGCUAACCCACACUAAAAAGAACAAAGAACCAAUGAAUAAAGCAUCAAGCGAUCACAUUAAACGGAUAUGUCACGCCCCGGAGCCGAUUUUAAAAGCUAAAUUUGAAAACCCACCUACAUCGAGGCGUACAAAACCACAAUCCGAUCACUUAAAGGACCGACAGAAUUACGAAAAUGAAUGUUCUCCCGAAGAAAAUUCACAACAAGAAAUUGAAUCAUCUUCUUCCAGUCAUCUCGUUCCACCACGUCAGGUACUUAAGGUAAAUAGAAGGACGAUAAAAAAUGUGACAUCUACACAGGAGAGAGCGGAGGUGAUUUUAAAAAGUCCUUUUAGGCCUUAUCAUAGUGUUGCACAAGGAACUCUUAUAAGUAAAGAUCCAACUACGCAAGUAGGGGGUGAAAAGUUAGGAAAUCAGUUUUGGGAAAUUUAUAUUGAAAUAGCAAUGAUUCCUUCUGAAAAGUUAAUUAGAUCAUAUGGAAAGUUCAAAACUAUUGGAGAUGCUGUGCUCCAGACUAUUGCAUGGCCUUCUACUUUCGUCGAAUAUAUUCAUACGUGAUCAAUGUUGAAGAACUUUGGGCUACUGAAGAAUUUGUUUUUUUUUUUUUUCCUUUUCCUGAAUAUUAAUGAGUGUGCUGCUACAUGUGGAUACAAUUUAUAUCAAGACUAUUUGUCAUUUUAAUUUUGUUUGAAUGAUUA